GCAGGGCCUCGGCGCUUCGGAUUCCGCGCAACUAGCUUUCCAAAAAGAAGUCUCCCAGCUCUCAGCUCCUGAGCACCGAUCCGACUCAAAGCAAGAAGGAGCCGUUUGCCUGAAACUUGGGGCUGACCUUCCCCGGGCUGAAGGAGGCUCCAGGAUCUGAAGAGGCGGCAGCGGCGGCCCGAGGGGCCUGGAAGCGAGAAGGCGGAGGAGCACCAUCGAGGCGGCGGCCCGGGCGACCAGGCAGGGACGCGGGGCGCUGGCCUGGCGGAGGCCCGACUAGGUGUGGGGGACGUGCGCAUCGCCGUGCGCCCGGGGCUCGAGAGACUUGGGCAAACUUUGAAGGGUAACCGGAGACGCUUGUUGCCCGUCGCCGCAGAGAAAGCCGCACCGUUACGUCUCGCCGGGGAGGGUAAGGCGACACCCCCCUCCCCGAUCCCCCAGCCCAGGCCCAGGAGUUUGAUCCCCCGGCGGCCGCGUGAGUGCCACGCGGAGGCGGCGGAGGCGCCCCCUCGGCUGGCGGCCUCGCCCCCGCCGUGCAGGCACCCUAGCACCCUCGGCUCCGCGCCGCCCACGGCCCGGCCUCGGCGCCGGGAGGACUCUCAUGCGCCGGGCGCGGCGGCGCCUCCCUGCAUCCAAGCCGCUCCCCAGCGCCUGGUCUUUUUCCUCCAGCUGAGAACACCGCUGCACUCGCCGCUGGCGAUGCGGGGCCCCGGCUCGGCGGCGUCGCACUCGCCCCUGGGCCUUUGCGCCCUGGUGCUGGCGUUUCUGGGCGCGCUGCCCACGGGCACCCGGGCUCAGCCGUACCACGGCGAGAAAGGCAUCUCGGUACCGGACCACGGCUUCUGCCAACCCAUCUCCAUCCCGUUGUGCACGGAUAUCGCCUACAACCAGACCAUCCUGCCCAACCUGCUGGGCCACACGAACCAAGAGGACGCGGGCCUCGAGGUGCACCAGUUCUACCCGCUGGUGAAGGUGCAGUGUUCUCCCGAGCUGCGCUUCUUCUUGUGCUCCAUGUACGCACCCGUGUGCACGGUGCUCGACCAAGCCAUUCCACCGUGCCGCUCCUUGUGCGAGCGCGCCCGCCAGGGCUGUGAGGCGCUCAUGAACAAGUUCGGCUUCCAGUGGCCUGAGCGGCUGCGCUGUGAGAACUUCCCAGUGCACGGUGCCGGAGAGAUUUGCGUGGGGCAGAACACAUCCGACGGCUCCGGGGGCGCGGGCGGCAGUCCCACCGCCUACCCUACCGCUCCCUACCUGCCAGACCCGCCUUUCACUGCGAUGUCCCCCUCAGAUGGCAGAGGCCGCUGGUCUUUCCCCUUCUCGUGCCCGCGCCAGCUCAAAGUGCCCCCCUACCUGGGCUACCGCUUCCUAGGUGAACGCGACUGCGGUGCCCCGUGUGAGCCAGGCCGUGCUAAUGGCCUCAUGUACUUUAAAGAAGAGGAGAGGCGUUUCGCCCGCCUCUGGGUGGGUGUGUGGUCGGUGCUGUGCUGCGCCUCGACGCUCUUCACGGUGCUCACCUACUUAGUGGACAUGAGGCGCUUCCGGUACCCAGAGCGACCCAUCAUCUUCCUGUCGGGCUGCUACUUCAUGGUGGCAGUGGCGCACGUGGCGGGCUUCCUCCUAGAGGACCGGGCAGUGUGCGUGGAGCGCUUCUCGGACGAUGGCUACCGCACGGUGGCGCAGGGCACCAAGAAGGAGGGCUGCACCAUCCUCUUCAUGGUGCUUUACUUCUUCGGCAUGGCCAGCUCCAUCUGGUGGGUCAUUCUGUCCCUCACCUGGUUCCUGGCAGCCGGUAUGAAGUGGGGCCACGAGGCCAUCGAGGCCAAUUCGCAGUACUUUCACCUGGCCGCCUGGGCUGUGCCGGCCGUCAAGACAAUCACCAUCUUGGCCAUGGGCCAGGUGGACGGUGACCUACUCAGUGGAGUGUGCUACGUGGGCCUGUCUAGCGUGGAUGCGCUGCGGGGCUUCGUGCUGGCCCCGCUCUUCGUCUACCUCUUCAUCGGCACAUCCUUCCUGCUGGCCGGCUUCGUGUCGCUCUUCCGCAUCCGCACCAUCAUGAAGCACGACGGCACUAAGACGGAGAAGCUGGAGAGGCUCAUGGUGCGCAUCGGCGUCUUCUCGGUGCUCUACACGGUGCCCGCCACCAUCGUCAUCGCCUGCUAUUUUUACGAGCAGGCCUUCCGCGAGCAUUGGGAGCGCACCUGGCUCCUGCAGACCUGCAAGAGCUACGCUGUGCCAUGCCCCCCGGGCCACUUCCCGCCCAUGAGCCCCGACUUCACAGUUUUUAUGAUCAAGUACCUGAUGACCAUGAUCGUGGGCAUCACUACCGGCUUCUGGAUCUGGUCGGGCAAGACCCUGCAGUCAUGGCGUCGCUUCUACCACAGACUCAGCCACAGCAGCAAGGGGGAGACUGCGGUAUGAGCCCUGGUCCUUUACCCUACCUUUGCCACUUCUACUCCUUUGUAGGAGAGGCAGGGUAGGGAACGAACUCCUGAGUGGGGGGUUGUUUCUGUAAGAUACACUCCCCCCUCCCCAACUGAGCUUUAAUCUGGAAGUGAGAAGUUGUUUGGAAGUGAGAAGAGAUUUGGGGUGAGAGGUGGUUUUGAGAGGAGGCCUGAGUGAAAAGGCAGUGGAUGAAAAGACUUCUGGCUUAAGACUUGGAGGAGGAGGCUAACUGUGAAAGAUACGGGCCGGCUAGGGCCUAAGGGAAAGGUCGAGAUCGGCAGAGACUGGUGAGUUCCUCCAGGCCCCAAAGCUGAGCCAGGGCUGUGAGUCUUCCCCCGUCCCCCCC